GAUUGAAAUGAAUAAAAAAUUGUAAAUAAUGAACAAUUAGUUUACAUUUUAAGGUAAAUUAAUAGGGGAAGGGGUGAAGUGCAGCCAUUAAUUAAAUUGAAAACAAAAAUAAGAUACUUUGUUUUAAUGCGAGCCUAUGUUUUGAAGUGCAGAUGAAGGAAGGUAGCAGCAAAUAAUGGUAUUGGCAUCAAAUCUCCAGAUUUGGAAAGAUAAUCCUUAUACUUGGGGAAUCAUUGAAGUACAAGGAGAUUUGGAGUCUAGAAAUGGUGGAGCAUUACAGUCACAGUUCGUUGGUGACCUGCACUACGUAAUGCAGAGUAAUGGUGUCCCAACGUUGAUUGUAGGGCAUCACAUCUUAUAUGGAAAAGCAAUACCCCUUGAAAAACCUUUUGCUGUAAUGGAAAAGAAAAAGACUGACAUUACUACUGAGUAUAUUAUAAAAGCUUUAGUUGAUAAAAAACUUGUAUUUAAAAUAAGACCCAAACCAAUAAUUGCUGCAGUUCCUGGAUGUUAAUUAUUGAUUUCUUUGUUGUAUAUAUACUGUAGAUAUAAAUUUAAUUAAAAAAUUUUCAGCAA